AUGCGGGCUGCGGUUUUCCGAAACGCCGGAGGUCGAGUCACAGAGGACGUAAUACGAUCACUCCAUAUCCUGCGCGCCGUCGUUAGUCUCGAACUUGUGGCUAUCGUUCAUCAUACCGAUUGCGGGAUGAGUCACGCGACUGACCAAGAAGUGCGUGCCUUUGCGAAGCCAAAGACCGCGGCAGCCGCGGCUGUGGUGGACAAGAUGGACUUCGGCAUGUGGAAGGAGGAGCACCUCGAUGAGACGGUGAAAGAGGACAUCCGCAAGCUCAGAGAGGAGACCAGCCUCGGUGAUCUGGAAGUCCUCGGGUUUGUGCUGGACACUCAGAAAGGAGCCGUGAGAGAAGUUGAGACAUAA